UCAACACCGGAUUCAGUCGGUCGGCUAAAGGUUCAAUGAAAACUCCUCCGACAUACGCAGUUCGCUCCGUUCAACACAUUAUCGCCAUCACAGCUGUGUCGUCGCCGCCGCGUCUAAAUUUCACGUCGACAGCACACCAUCGACCACGACUUGCCUACUAUUACAGCUCGGGAAACGCUCUAUCCGACUACGACUGUCCGCUGCACGUGUCGUCGCUGUGUGCGUCCAUCCUUCAGUUUGUCCGUCUGCGAUAACCCUAUCGCUUAUCGAUAUCCAUAGGAGUUAUUGUCGUUACAAUAUUUCGAAUAUUUCGAAUAUUUUAAUAAACAUUGCACGCAUGAUAUGAUGACAUCACGACAGUUGUGAUAUAAUCGUUCGACGAGAUUUUCGUUAUCGUUUCCUUCGUCGUUUCUUCAUCGAUCGAAUUUUUUUCCCCGCAAUUUUCUCGCAGCUUUGAUCCGUCGAUCUGUCGUUGUACACUUUUGACACGAAUUAUUAUCGCCCGUAACAAGCGACAUCAUUACUGGAUACCGACGGCCGGUUCCGCGGUGUAAACAUUUUUUAAAAAUAAUAUAAAGACGAAGCUUGCUCGCGUAAUAGGCAGCCGGUCCAUCCGUCAUCACCGCCGGCGAUCGUGUGUCCGCAUAACAUACCAAUCGCCGACCGGAAGUCCUAGCGACCGUGUUGUCCAACCGGGUGAAAACUCGUACGACACAUUGCAGUCGGGUAUACUAACCUGCUGUACGCACUGCACGACAAAAAAAAAUCGUCAGCUUCGAUCGCUGUCCGUCUGAAAAUCGGAUUCGCACUGUCUGACGUUAGCGUGCGCAAAUGAAAUGCAACAAAUUAUAUUUGGAAACGCUAGGUACAGUCUAUGCGGAUUUGGUUUACUGAUCAUUUCGUACGCUCUGUUUUUCUUCGAUCCGGUGGAGAUCAUCAAAUCAGCGAAAUUGAAGUUCGUAGAAGGAUCGUACGCAUUUCAGCUGUGGCAAAAACCUCCGGUUAAAGUUUACGUAAAUGUGUACAUAUUUAACGUGACCAAUGUAGAUAGAUUUUUGGAGGGUGAAGACGAAAAAUUAGAUGUCAAGGAAGUAGGCCCGUAUGUUUAUUGGGAGGAGUUGGAAAACACAAACAUAACGUUUCACAGCAAUGACACUGUAACGUACAUCCCAAGGAGGAAACUACACUUCGAUCUCAGUUUGUCCGUCGGAGAUCCCGAAACGGAUCGCAUCGUCGUUCCUAACAUCCCCUUAUUGGGAUUCACUUCGAUGCUCCGAAAUUCACCGAUGUUCGUGAAUGUCGUGUUCAAUUCGUUGGUCGAAUACCAGGAUUCUCAGCCAAUACUCAAUUUGUCAGUAAAUGAAUUCCUAUGGGGAUAUGAAGACAAGUUAGUGAAGAUGGCUAGCAGUGUGCUGCCCACGUGGAUCAAUUUUUCCAAAUUUGGCCUACUCGAUCGGAUGCUAGACGAAGGAACCAAUGUCGUUACAAUGGCUGUUCCAUCGGAACGACAAACAAGACGUCCCUAUACAAUAGAUAACUUUAAUGGGUCACCGAUUUUACGCCAAUGGGCAAAUGCAGAUGAACCUAACGAGAUGAAUAAAUGUUCAUUGAAUGCAUCAUCGGAGGGAUUACUUUUCCCCAGACACUUGACCAAGGAUAUGAAUUUUCCAAUUUAYCGAAAAGCCUUUUGCAGGACGUUGCCACUGACGUAUAACUCUACCAGCAAAAUGCCCGCUGGGUACCCUUCUGUAUAUUUAUACAAAUUCUUGCCAAACGUCUUUAAUUCUUCUCUGGACGAUAAUACAUGUUAUUGCCCACGAGACGGAUGCUUGCCAAACGGACUGUCAGACAUAUCGCCGUGCUAUUACAAUAUACCAGUGGCAGUUUCGUUUCCACAUUUUUACGGCGGCGAUCCGGCGYUGGUAGAUAAUGUCAAUGGAAUUGCUCCCAACAUGGAAAAACAUCAAUCGGUAGUUGCCGUACAACCGGAUCUAGGUAUACCACUGUCCGUGAACAUCAAAAUCCAGUUGAAUUUAAUCGUAAAGGCCACGAGGUACGUGAGCCGUGCCAAGAAGUUCAACGGAUUAACAUUGCCGAUAUGUUGGUUGCAUUUGGAAGUUAAGGGACUGCCGAGCUCGCUGAACGCGCUGCUCUACCUGUGCUUCAACGUCGGGCCGGUGUUGGUGAAGGCAGUCGUCGCGCUCACGGCCGCCGUGGGCUUUUUCAUGGUCGGCCUGGCCAUCAAGCGGUUCGGCCGAGACCAGCAGAAACAGCAGCACCCCGUCAACGGGUCGGUGGCCGGAGAUCACGAGAUCGGUCGUGGCAGGGACUGCGAAGACGACGACGACGACGACAGCGGUCGCGGUGACGACUACGAAGACGACGACGGCGGUGGCGCAGAGUCGGGUGAGCUGAUCGUCAAGUGUGGGCUGGCCACCGGUCGGUACCUCGACAAAUCGUACUUGCCGUUGCAUCACGUCACCGUUCCGGGGUCGUCGUCAGUCGUCGUCGAUUACGAUCACUCGCAGGACUACGCGAGAGGACGAUGACGAUGAGACGAUUGUAAUACUACCUACCUAUUUAUACAUUACAAAAUAUCUCGUUAUUAUUAUAAUAUAGUCUCAUCAUCGUUAGUAUUGUAUUCUUACACCUGUUAUGUAUACACACCGUUGUCGCGUGAUUUAAACUUAUUUAUUCAUUAUUAUUGUCGUACCAUAUUAUAUUAUACUAUACGUACACACGACGGGUGCUAGGCCAGGUUAUCUUGUCAAACCCAACCUUAUAUCAUGCGUAUUAUGGAGAUUCAUUUGGCAGCGGGGCGUACAUUAUCGUCCCCGUCAUUAAAGAAAAUUCGAUAUCACCACUUAUACCUACCUACCAUAGAUUKUAUACCUACAUCGUCCACCCUUUAGUUCGAUUUCGUAAACCAUCCGCGAGAAAACUGUGAAUUCGGAAUAAUGGUAUACAAGUUAUGCAUAGGCAGACCGUGUCAUGGGCGUYGAGUGACAUUUAUUUAUGUGUUGGAAUAUCCUCCRUAAUUCACUAUCAUACCGCUUUUCCGGCUAUUUUGGAUGACUGUGUUCAACCUAACGUUUAAGGGAUGAUGUCAAAAGCGUAUAAUAUAAUUGUACGCCGUAUAUUAUGCACGUUGUAGGUAUUCGAUUUUUGGAAAUGUUUUCUUUGUGCUUUUUAUGUAUCCACAAUAUCAAAUUAUCAUGAAUUUGAUAUAAUUCGAUUUGUACGACCUCAUCACAUCCGUUGUUUCCCACGUAUGAUUAUACUGUUAUUUUGUAUCAAUAUUUUUUUACUGCAUUUCCGAUAAAAAUGUCUAUGUGUGUUAACACCCCCCCCCCCUCCCCAACAAUUAUGUAUUUUAUACAUUCAACUAUUGUUUACACAAGUGAAUAUAAUACGUGGUUUGAUGAGACUUUGGGUACCGAAACCGAAACUAAAACUGUAACACAAUAUAAUAUUAUAUAGACGACCAUAACGCGARCUUUUAAAUACAUUAUCAGAGAAUUUCAACUCAUCGCUAUCCGAGUUCAAGUCCUGACACGUGKUCCGACGUCUUAAUACUUUCAUUGUAUAAUUUUAUUAUUGUAACGAUUGUUACUAUCGGUGAAAUUAAUUUCUUCGUAUUGACGGUUCGCAUAAAAUCAAAGUCGUCGUAUAAUAUUAAAACGCCCACACAAGUUAUUGCGGUCAGUCGUUCCAGGGAAAAAGCGGUGAAAUAAAUCGUUAUGUGCCGGGAAAAAAAUUCGGCUUAGCAGUUAUAGUGCAUCAUAAUAAUAUGAUACAUCUAUAGGUAGGUGGGUACUGCUCUUGAUACGCCCAGAUUUCGACGUCAGAUUUUAUGACCGUAGUUAUGAUAUAUAUGUCGCAAGUUCCCUGAGGAGAUUACGAUUAAAGGGGGCGCGUAAAUAAACUGAAUCCUGUGUUGAAAAUGCCAUGACGUCACCCCUUUCAUAUAUAUAAUAUAUCUCAUGUAUUAUAUUURAUAUACUUUCUUUUUUAUUUUUGGACUUCUUUGACUAUCGAAAAAAAGUAAUUCGUUUCAGUUUCUGGGGAUAAUUGGUAUAUACCAUAUAAAUUCAACGGAAUCGCCACCCCCAAUACAUACUAUAUGAUAUGUAUGGAUGAUAGAAGUUA